UGGCACAUUUCGCACGAUUGUGUGUGAACGGCAAAGUUGCUGUCUGGCAGUGUUUGUAGUCAAUCCCCACCGAACAUUUCGUGAAAACAGCACGUCGACAUGGCAGAUAACAUUUGAUGAUGAAGGUCCUGUAGGCUACGGAUAGAUAGAAGAAAGGAAUAUUGAAGGCGAAGAUCAUGGGCUCCUCUACGAAAGCCUGCAUCAAAUGCUUUCAUGUGAUGCCCUGCGCCACAAGGGUGUGCAUGGCCUGUGGGACUCUGCAGCCCUACAAGGCCCGUCUGAAGCAGCGGAUGGCCAGGCUGGACAGCAAGAAGGAGGAGUGGGCGGCCAAGCUGAAGAGGCACGGCAACGAGGCCACCGUGCUGGACGAGGUCAAACUUAUGCUUGAGAAGUUGUCAGCCAUUGGUUACAAGGCCCUGCUCCUGCUCCACAAGCCAAAGAAGAAGACGCUGGCCAUGGCUCCCCGCUGCACACUAGACGAGGAUGCCUCCGUUAAAGUCAACAGUCUGAAAAAGGUCUUUGAAGACAUCUGCAUGGGUUGGGGAAUGCCACAGCAGGGAGAGUACUGUGCUCCGGAGCGCCUCCAAGUGGAAAGCCUGGGGGAGGACGAGGAGAUGGUGACCCACACCAUACCUGAGGUCACCGCCAUCAAGGUUCGUGUGGAGCCAUGUGUGCAGAGGGGAACUGCUCCCCCAGACUGUCGUCGAAGUGAGCCAGAGCCUGGUUCUUCCGAUGCAGUCUUAAUGGACUCAGGUUUUACACCACAUGAUUCUUCACCAGAGCCUGGUUUCUCCGAUGCGGGAACAUCUGUCAAGGACCAGGAUGUUACAUCACAGGAUGUGACAUCACACAACACUCUGCUACGUCGCCCCAUGCAAACCAACAUCAUUCAGGGUUAUGGCAUCCCACCAAACCUCUUCCUGUCUUGUACAUCGGACGACGACCCAGCAGAUGAUGGACCAAUGGGAGACGAUCCAGCAGACGACACGCUGACAUCAUCAAAGGAACUGAAACUGCCUCUGCUGUCAGUGAAGCUACAAGACUGCCGCGACAUGCUGGGACCUGACGAAGUUUUGAAGAUGGAGCCCGAAGAGGUGGAUAUCAUCGAGGACUAUGACGGUGACGAUUACCCAUACCAUGAGAAUGAGGUUGAUGAUGAAGAUUUCCUAUAUUAUGAGGAUGAGGAUGACAACAAUGACGACAGUGAUUACGACCCAGAAGAUGAAAGAUUCGACCUCUGGCCUGAAGACCAAGAAGUGUUACCUGAAGCUGAAGAGAAGCAGCAGUCUGUUCACCAAAGAGUGCGUGCCAGAAAGAAGCCCUUCGCUGCCACUCCACAUGCGAAAAACACAUCCACAGACUCUACACAUGGAAACGUGUCAUCCGACUCACCCAACACUAGAGACUAUCAGGAGGAGGAUGAUGACGAUGAAGACCAUGCUAACGCAAAGCCUGAACCUACUACUAAAAAACACACUACGCUCACUGGAGGAAGACGCCGUGCUUCCACCAAGUCAAGGUCAAAGACAAGGUCAACGUCACAUAAAUGUGACGUGUGUGGCAAAGUGUUUUCCUCGCGGUCAAUAUUACGCGUUCACAGGAGGAAGCACACAGGUGAAACAUACGCCUGUAAACAGUGCGACAGAACUUUUGUUUUGUAUAAAGCUUUCGAACAUCACCUGGCAACUCACACAAUGGAAGAAAGGCCACACAAGUGCACGGCUUGCCCCAAGGCGUUUUUACAAGCGUGUCAUUUGAGAGAGCACUUCAGGAUACACACGGGAGAGAAGCCCUAUUCUUGCAAGCAGUGCCCCAUGUCCUUCCGCACCACUUCGCAGCUGCACUACCACACCCUAGAUCAUUCCGGCGAGGGCACGCCUUACUCGUGCGGGGAGUGCGACAAGAAGUUUAAGACAAAAUCUCUGCUGUCUGCGCACGCUACGGUACACACGGGAGAGAAGCCGUUCCCUUGUACAGAGUGCGACAAGACCUUCAGACUUAAGUCGACGUUAAAAGCACACCUCAACACACACACACAAGAAAAGCCCUACAAGUGCCCCAAUUGCGACCUCCGAUUUGCCCAGAAAUGCUACGUUCAGAAACACCAGGUCGUGCACACAGAAGAGGCGCCCCACGUCUGCACCACGUGUGGCAAGGCGUUCCGCUUCGAGGACACGCUGCGUAAACACCGGCGACAGCAGCACUCGGGAGAGGGGGAGGACAACCGGCCGCUCUGCUUCAUCUGCGGGAAGACGUUCGCUCGGCUGGACACCCUGAGGCACCAUCAGAUGGAGAUCCACGCCGCGCAGAAACAGCCGCACCCUUGCCCCGUCUGUGGAAAGGUGUUCGACUGCGCAAGCUACCUGCGCAAGCACCUGAUGACCCACACGGGUGAGAAACGCUACCAGUGCACCGUCUGCGGGGAGAAAUUCGCCUACAACCGGAGCCUGCAAAAUCACCAGGCGAAAACGCACAACAUGACGCAGGGGCAGCCCCACGCGGUCGAGAAACGCUACCAGUGCAGCGUCUGCGGCGAGAAAUUCGCCUACAAGCGUAGCAUGCAGGAGCACCAGGCGAAAAUGCACGACAACAUGGAGGGGCAGUCGCAGGACCACCAGGCGAGAGUGCACGACAUGCGGCAGAAUCACCAGGCGAAAGUGCACGACAUGGGACAGAAUCACCCAGCGAAAGUGCAAGACAUGGGGCAGAAUCACCAGGCGAAAGUGCACGACAUGGGACAGAAUCACCCAGCGAAAGUGCACGACAUGGGACAGAAUCACCCAGCGAAAGUGCAAGACAUGGGGCAGAAUCACCCGGCGAAAGCACAGAACAUGGGGCUGUCCCGUAACGAGGGAUGUCGACAGGUCGGGCAGAGUUCUACGCAAGUGACACAGAGCUCUGAAUCUGCUCGGGAUAUAGAGCCACAUGACUACGGCCGGGGCCUGCCGAGUCACCUGGCGAAAGUGCACGACUUGGGGCAGUCCAGCGACGUGAGGUGUCGGCAGUUUGGACAGAGUUCCACGCAAGUGGCACAGAGUUCUUUUAAAUCCGCUCGGGAUUUAGAAUCGCAUGGUGAUUCACAAGGUGCAACAACAGCAAUUAGGGAUGGUGACCUGGACCUCUGUCAACUCUAG